AUGCGCAUGUUUAGGCUGUUUAACCGUCGUCGUUUGAGUGAUUCCCAAUCAAAUAACAAUCGAUCUUAUAGUUUGAUAGGCAGAACCCCUUCGCAACUUGAUUACUUGCGUUCAAUUGUUGGAUUCGAUGAUGUUACUUGUCGUGACAAUCUGAGAAUGAAUAUUCAAACAUUUUAUCGCUUGUGUUACGUUUUAGAAAAUGUUGGUGGUCUUAAACCGAAUAGAAAUGUUACCAUUCCCGAGCAAGUUGCAAUGUUUCUUCAGAUUUUGGCACACCACACGAAGAAUGUUGUCGUGCGUAGUCAUUUCAAAAGAUCAGGUUAUACAGUUAGCAAGCAUUUUAAUCGGGUCCUUUUGGCCUUGCUAAAACUACAUGAGAUGCUUUUGAUUUCACCAAAAGCUGUCGACGAAAACUCGGAUAACGAGCGUUUUUCAUACUUUCAGGGUUGUCUUAGGGCACUUGAUGGGACAUACAUAGAUUGCCGCGUUCCCUAUCUUGAUAAGCCAAGAUAUAAAAAUCGCAAAGGCAAUGUGUCAUUGAAUGUCCUAGCCGUGUGCGAUAAUAACAUGAACUUUAUUUACUUACUAACUGGGUGGGAAGGUUCGGCUGCAGAUAGUAGAAUACUUCGGGACGCGGUAACUAGGGAACACGGGUUACGGGUCCCUACUGGUAACUACUAUUUGGUUGAUAACGGUUACACGAACGACGAGGGGUUCUUAGCACCUUACAGAGGUGCUAGGUACCACCUUGAUGCAUAUGGUCAAGGCCCAAGUGCACCUAGAAACUUUAGAGAAUUUUUUAACAUGAAACAUGCCAAGGCAAGAAACAUAAUAGAGAGGGCAUUUGGGCUUUUGAAGUCACGGUGGGCAAUUUUACGAAGCCCUGCUUAUUACCCCAUCAAAGUUCAAAAUAGGAUCGUAAUGGCUUGUUGUCUCCUUCAUAACUUUAUUCGAACCACGAAUGACUUCGACCCUGAUGAAGAAACGUUAGAUGACUUUCUCCGUAAGAAUCCAGGUGUGGUUAGUGGUGAAGAUUACAUUAAUACUGUGGAAAGUUCACAAGAGUGGACUGAUUGGCGGGAUACCAUAGCGUUGAACAUGUACAAUCAUUGGCUAUUAUCUCGCUAG